AUGAGCGAUGCCACAAACGAACUAGUAGCUGGUGAGAGUAGUUAUUCAAGCUCAUAUGGUACACCACGAUCAAUUCCUAAAUUUCAGCAUCCUUCACACGAAAUGCUUAAAGAUAGCGGCUUUACUAAGUUAGCUUAUUCAAAGUUUAGAGUGAAGUGUCUUAAAGAGCGACAGAAACUCGGAAUUGGUCAGUCUCAGGAAAUGAAUACGCUAUUCAGAUUUUGGUCUUUCUUUUUGCGAUCACAUUUCAAUAGAAAUAUGUACGAAGAAUUCAAACAGUAUGCAGUCGAGGACAGCAAAGCUAGUUAUAGAUAUGGCAUCGAAUGUCUUUUCCGAUUUUACAGCUAUGGCCUUGAAAAGAAAUUUCGUAGCGAUCUUAUGCAAGAUUUUCAAAAAGAAACACUUCAAGAUUAUAAUUCUGGCAAUCUCUAUGGUUUAGAAAAGUAUUGGGCAUUCCGUAAAUACUAUAAGGGAAGUCGAAAGUAUCAUACAAUGCCUGAGCUAGAGGUUGCUUUGUCAAAAUAUAAAGCGUUGGAAGAUUUUCGAACGGCUGUUGCACCUCAACAGGAAUAA